GGGAUGUUACUGGAUUUCAUUCCUGUUCUAUAAAUACUGCGUAUGAACGGAUCACUAUACCAAACUGCAUCGAUGAUCCUCACAAUUUCUACCAUGGAAAUCCGCUUCAACAAGCCAGUCAUCGGCAAGAUAUGCGCCAUCAUCGCUUUCUGCAUACUUGUCUCUUGGGUGCUCAGUGACGCCAAUGUUUACACCUCCAGUCGUCUACCACACGAGGAGCGCAAGGCUUUGUUUUUCAAGACCUUACUUAACCUAAGCGAAGCAGAAGAGGCGGAUCUUCUCGAUGAACAUCAAUAUUUUGCUUAUGAACCGGAAUGUGAAACUGAUAUUAGAAAGUUAGAUAUUAACAUGCCAAUGGUAGCACGGGGUAGUACAAGAGCUGUGGGUGCGAAACUUACGUCUCUGAUUACUGUUUUACCAAAUGACCUAGUAAAGGUUGCGAACAAGAAGUUCAGAAAGACGGAAGUGAUAUACACAGCUUUGGUUACAGAGGAAACACUGUUGUUCGCAAAAAGUUGGUUGUGCAAUACAAAAUAUUUAGGAAUACAUCCAUCGGUUUUAUUGUUCUCUCCAAUGCUAAGCGUGAUUGAAAUCUUGAAAAAAGAAUGGCCUGGUGUAAACGCUUUGUUUAUUCCCAUUUCUCAAGCAGAUGAGCUGAAAGAAAAGCAUGGAUUUUUCCACACUAAAUUAAAAGGUUUAUCGAUGAUGGUUGUAAAACUUUAUGUAAUCUCUACACUUAUUCAAAAUAAUUUCCACACCGUUCUAUUCGAGACGGAUUCUUAUUGGAAAAAGAAUCCUUUAUCUCAUCUUAGAGGAUACUCAAAAUCUGACGUCAUAUUUUCUAGUGCGUCCCACCUCAGUGAUCAUUUGUCACGUGGUCUCCUAUACUUUAAACCGAUUGGUCAAGUACAUUCAGCUUUAUCCAAUACAACGAAAUACGUCCACGCAGCCAUGCGUAGACUUGUAUCGAGUAAUACAACGGACGAGUGCACAGUUUACACAUUCCAGGCGUUUCUUCAAUGGAAUAUCAUUGACUCUGGGAAAGUGAAGUACAAACUGCUACCAUAUUCCAUCGUGGCAGACGGUAUGUGGUACGUCUAUCACUCUAAAGAGUCGAAUCGGAGAUAUGUUAAACAAUCACCCCACGACCCAAUUAUCAUUUUAAAUAAUGGUGUGCGAAAGACUCGUCUGAAAAUAUUUCGUGCUGAAAAGCACAAGCAUUGGUUCUUGAGAGAUGAUACAAUUUCUUGCAAAUGGCAACGUUGAGACCGCUUUUCAUGAGACCGACUACAUUAAAUUCUUAUUUAAGAUGAGACUGAGUGUUUAUUAAAAUAACGUGAUAUCAAGAAGAUCCAGAGUGAAAAACGACAAUUUAUAAAAUACUGGCCAAAUAGUCUAAUGUAGGUCCAUGAAUGUAGCAAUAAUCUCAUUUCAAAGGGC